CAACAUACGUCCUUCCCCGGCCUCUGAGCAGGACCGUGGACAGAAAGCGUAGUUCUGAACGGCCUGUGACACCAGGGAACGGUCCGCGGUGAAGCCUCCCGCCCACUGCAGCUCGCUGCGUGUGGGUACUGGUGAGCGGAGGGUCUGGGGAGAGCCCGGAGCAGCUGUGCGGGGCCCGCGGCCCGCAUCCAGAAGCCAGAACAGGUGCUGACAGGCCGGGAGGCCCAGCGCCAGGUGGAGCCGGGCCUCGCGGGUCCUCGACUCCUGGUCCGUGUGCGGGGAGCCCGCGUGGCCACCACGCUUGGCCCCCAGGAAGGCUGCGGACGAGCCGGUGGCCGGGCCCUGGGCGGUGCAUGGGCCGCCCCGGCGAGGCCAGGCCCGUCAUGCUGCAGUGCCGGCCGGCCGAGGAGUUCAGCUUCGGGCCCCGGGCCCUGAAGGACGCGCUGCUGUCCACCGACCCCGCCCUGCGGCAGCUCUACACAGCCGCCUUCUCCCCGGCCGAGAGGCUCUUCCUGGCCGAGGCCUACAACCCCCAGAGGACGCUCUUUGGCACGCUGCUCAUCCGAACGGCCUUCGACUGGCUCCUCAGCCGCCCUGAGGCCCCCGAGGACUUCCAGACCUUCCAUGCUGCCCUGCCGCCCCGGAAGCAGAGCCUCGCUCGGAAACACAUUUACCUGCAGCCCAUAGAUCUGAGCGAGGGGCCGGCGGGCAGCGCACUUCUGGACCAGCUGCGGAGCUGCACGGAGGCCUUCUUCCUGGGCCUGCAGGUCAGAUGCCUGCCCUCGGUGGCAGCCGCCUCCAUCCACUGCUCAUCCCGCCCCAGUCAGGACCCCGACAGGCUCCAGCUCCACACCGACGGCAUCCUGUCCUUCCUGAAGAGCAGCAAGCCGGGGGACGCGCUGUGUGUGCUGGGCCUCACACUGUCCGACCUGUACCCCCGCGAGGCCUGGACAUUCACCUUCGGCACGUUCCUUCCAGGGCACGAAGUGGGCGUCUGCAGCUUUGCCCGGUUCUCAGGGGAGUUCCUGCCGCGGGGGCCCAGCACGCCUGACCUGGCGGAGGUGGAGGUGGCCGCAGGUGGCUCCGAGGUGCCCCUGCAGGAUGGGGGCCAGGCCGUGUGCUUCAGCACCCUGGGGAUGGUCCAGUGCUGCAAGGUCACGUGCCACGAGCUGUGUCACCUCCUGGGCCUGGGGAACUGCCGCUGGCUCCGCUGCCUCAUGCAGGGCGCGCUGCGCGUGGACGAGGCCCUGCGCCGGCCCCUGGACCUCUGCCCCAUCUGCCUGCGCAAGCUGCAGCACCUGCUAGGCUUCAGGCUGGUGGACAGGUACAAGAGACUCUACGCCUGGACACAAGCGGCGGCAGGGACACAGCCGGGCCCAGCGGCGGCGGGGGAGCCGUCUGUGUCGGAGGACACCCUGCCCUGCAGCGCAGACUCGGGGCUGUGUUGUGAGAGCGACUCGGAGCCGGGCAGCAGCCUGUCGGAGCCCCUGUCGCCUGACGCCUGGAGCCAAGCCUUCCCCGCGGGCCUCGAGCUGGAGCCCGAGGACGGGCUGGGCUCCUUGGCAGCCACGGAGGGUCCAGGGGAGGCCCUGGCAGAGCACGGCCGCUGGCUGGCGGCCUGCAUCCAGGCCCUGGAGAGGGACGUGAGCGAGGGGGAGCUGGAACAGGUGGACGGCGCUGUGGAUGCACUGGCCCCCUGGGACCUGUUCACGGGGCAGCUCCCGGCCCCCCGGCAGGACCUGCCCUGUGGCCGCGAUGGCGUGGGGCUGCGCAGGGUCCUGGGGGACACGUUCUCCUCCCUCCGGAGGAAGCUGAGCGCUCGCAGGCCGUCCAGGGCCGAGUCGUCUCCCCGGCGCCAGAAGGCGGAGGAUGACUAGCAGGGCCGGUGUGACCCAUCAAGCGCCGGCCUGUCCCCAGACACCAGCUGCCCGGCCUCCGGGGCACCUCGGGGUGCAGGGGCAGGAGGGACAGUGUCUCGGGAAGCAGAGGGUGACGCAGCUGCACCCCCAGUCCUGACCGUGGCCUUGCGACGUGGCCGGUGGGGAGGGCGUCCCAGGCACCCGAUGUAGGUAGUGGGGCAGGUGCCCGCUUCUCCUGCAGCCCGGGGUCUCCGCUACUGCAAACUCAGCUUCCAGAGCCCGCACGCGGGGUCUCCACUCAGAGGGCAAGUCACAGCGGUUGUGUUUCUCUCUACCAUGAGCCCCAUAGAAAGGGUUCUCUGCUGUGGUCCAACUGCAUCCUGACCCUUGGGACUUGCCGCGGGCAUCUCCCUGAAGCUUGGGGUGGUCACCACCUCUAUGGGACCAUGUGCCCACAGACCUGCCGUUUCCCCUGACGACUCUUGGGUGGGGGAGGUCACAGGUGCGGCGGGACAGUGCGGCCCCGCUGGGGCCUGCAGAGGUGAGAGCAGACCACAGCUCCCCCCUCGGGACAGCUGGACGCAGGAGGGCUGGACCCCAUAUUCACGAGGGCAGGGGGGUUAGGGUUUUGUUCAGAACAUCCGUGUCUGUUUUUUGGUCUAGUUCUGCCAGCUGCUGAGAGAACAAGUGAUUUAGAUGUUAAAACACCCACCACCCCAGUAGAAGCAUCUGUCUGUCUUUAACUCUGUCAGAUUUUGCUCUCGGCUUUUCGAGGCUCCUUCAUGUACACACACGUUUGAUAUGUUUUCAUGACAGAUUGACCCUGUUUUCCUUCUCACACGCCCUGGGCUGUGGCUCAUGAGUCCUGCAGAGAUGCUUCUGGUCCUGACAGCAGGGGUCUUGUGGUGUGAUGGGUAGAGGGGAGCGUUGGGGUGCCUGGAGGGCCAGGGCAGCUAUCUUCCCGUCUGGGGAGAGACGAGAACGGGGCAGCUCCUACAUUUUUCACAGAGCUUAGUUUGGGGAAGCCUUCUAAGAACAAUGGUACAAAAUACAAAUACAGAAUCAGGAGGGUGGUCCCACAAGCACAGAAUCCCGAAGCCUGUUUGUAACCUGACCAGGCAAGUCCCAGACCAGGGAGACAUAAGAGGGGUGAGACCAUCGUGCAAGCAGAGCAGCAACGCCGCAGCUCUUCAGACCCCCAUUCGGUUUUGCACAAGGACCUGGAGGCUCCUGAUGGGGAGACAGGAUGAGCCGGGCUCGCGGGAAGUGAGCUGGGGUGGACCCCGCAGACAGCACGGCACAAGAACAGUGAGCAGACCACUCACAUCCGAGCGCUUAAAGCCCCAACAGCUGUCUGCUCAGGAGGCUCGGUGUGGGCAGAGAGCUGGGAAGGUGUGCCCCGGUCCUGGGCUGGAGAGUCCGGCUUGAGGAUGGCCCACUUGGCGGGGCGGUGCGGGGAGCUGCCUUGUGGCAGCUGAGGGCCAGGGCCGGGGUCCCUGUGGCCUGGCGGCUGGCUGUCAAAGGCAGGACUUCCUGGUGCCCCGUGGGACAGGUGUGUCCUCUCAGGACAGCCGGGUCCAAUAGGGCUCACGCCUCUUCACGGGGGAGUGGCCAGGUUCUGGAGGAGCAUGGGCGGUGGGAAAACACUUGUGGAAACCUGUCGCUGUAAGCACGCCCGGCCCGGAUCAGCCGUCACACCCACCACACAAUCUCACCUGCUUUCCUUCUGCAGGGGGUUACAGCUGGAGGGACUUCCCUAGUCUUCCACUGGUUAAGAAUCCGCCUUGCAAUGCAAUGCCUUCUCUGGUGGCUCAGAGGGUAAAGCAUCUGCCUACAAUGAGGGAGACCGGGGUUCAAUCCCUGGGUCGGGAAGAUCCCCUGGAGAAGGAAAUGGCAACCCACUCCAGCAUUCUUGCCUGGAGAAUCCUGGGGAUGGAGGAGCCUAGUAGGCUACAGUCCAUGCGGUCGCAAAGAGUCGGAAAUGACUGAGCUACUUCACUUUCACUCUUUGCAAUGCAGGGGACGCGGGUUUGCUCCCUGGUCGGGGAACUAAGAUCCCACCUGCCACAGGGCAACUAAGCUUGAGUGCUCUAGAACCCACAACUAGAGUCUGAGUGCUGUCAUGAAAACUCCCCCAUGACGCAACAAAUGUCCCUUGUGCCGCAGCAGAGUCCUGAUGAAGCUUCACACACACAAAAAUAACGACUGGAGUGACGUAAGAACACACACGACUGAUGAAGAGAGAAGAGCCUGGCUCAGACUGGGGCCGGGGGCUCAGGGGGGUCAUUACCAAGUUCUCAGCACCGUCUGUCUGCACCCGUGGCCUCUGGCUCCCAGCUGUGAUCAGUGGCCCCAUAAAGCAUCCUGAGACGGGGAGGGACAAGCCACUUCCUUCUCGGCCUGCGCCAGCUGCAGACAGAGUACACUUUGAAAAUAGCAGCUGGGAGGGACGUUUUGAAAAUAAAAAACUUCUAGGAGCAGA